AUGGAAAACUGCUACAACAUCUCGCAGGCAGAGGGUCAAACAUCAGCCUGCAAGGAUCUGCACGGUUGGCAUUCAAAUGAAUGCGUCUGGACCGGAAGAUGUGUGCUGUGCCUCUGGGCGUGCAGGGUCCUAAUGCCAAGCCUGGCCCGCUUGGCUGACAAAGGCCCAGAAGAAACAUGGACGGAAACGGAUUUAGCCCUGGACGCUUCAGCACUAAUCUUGAGCAACCCCACAAUCGCAAAUCUCGAUUACGUCUCCUCUGAUUUCAUUGUUCGAAGUCUCCAGAAGCUUGCUUUCAAAGGUUGGAGGCCCGGGGCGCAAACCUUCAAUGGCAAAUCUUGA